GUUCAGCCUCUCCCUACUUAUCAGCCAAAUUUACGUUAUUUACUGAUUCGAAUCGGCAUUGUUUGCUCUUCGUCAGAGCGCAACACCUGCAGGCCACAGUGGUUUUCUUUUGUAACACCUGCGUGGCGGCCCCGUAUCAAUGGCAAUAGCCACCGAUUUUGAUAAACUGCUCUCUCCAGGCGUUGGUCAUCGUUCGAACACGGGGCUAUUUAAGGUUCUCCACCAGCCCCAACGAUUCCACUCACGAUUGUCAUCUGCGUGCGCGCGUACUCAUUGUAUAUUGUAUUCUUCAGAAGUAAGAUUAAAAGAGUUUCCAUCCAGAAAAAUGCUGCGAAUCGUUGUAACUUUGGCUCUCAUUCUGGCCACAGUCAGUGCCACCAAUGUCCAGCAGUGCAAAAAUAAGCCGUUUCCACUGGAUGUGAAAAUUAAGGAUUGCGAGGAGCCGCCGUGCGUUGUGUACAAAGGAACCAUAGCAGUCAUGGAGGUGCACUUCCUGGGCAAUAACAACAAUAUCAAGAGCAUCACGGCCACCACAACGGCAAAGGUGUUGGGCAUGAAUCUGCCAUAUGUCCUGCCCGAUGAAGUGUCCGACGUGUGCCGCAAUCUCCUGUACGGUGCCAUCUGUCCCAUCGACAAGGACGAGGAUGUCACGUACCAGUUCAACUUCUACGUGGAGCCCUCGUUCCCGGAAAUCACGGCGGAUGUCACGGUCACGUUGAACGAUGCCCAGAACGAAGCGAUCACCUGUUUCGUCGUGAGCUGUAAAAUCCGGAAGGGAGCCACUGCAGCACAGAUGGACGGAUAUCUGUUGGACUGGACGAACCCCCUUUAAGCCGACGAUGUACGCAACUCCAGCCGUUUCGGCCGACUGAAUAUUUCCACUUGUUUGCCAAAUAAUAAACCACAAAACUCUUGCAAUGAUAA